AGGCGCGAUACCAAAAUGGCAGGAGUGCUUGGUAGAAGAGCGCUCUCCUGCCUCACUCAGCGUUUGGCACAACAAGCGAAUCAGCAACUGCCAGGCACUUCUCAGAGGUUGCUAGAGCCAUGCUGUCUGCCUUCGUUGAGCGCACGCUUUGUUCAGGCCGCCGCAGAUUAUGACAUUAAUACUCGCACCAAACCCCAUCUGAACGUGGGAACGAUUGGCCACGUUGAUCAUGGGAAGACCACCCUGACAGCUGCCAUCACUAAGGUACUAUCAGAAAUGGGUCAGUCUAAGGCUGUGGCAUUCGAUCAGAUUGACAAGGCACCAGAGGAGAAGGCCCGUGGUAUCACAAUCGCUACAGCUCACGUGGAAUACCAGACAGACAAGCGGCAUUACGCUCACGUGGACUGCCCUGGGCACGCUGACUACGUCAAGAACAUGAUCACUGGCGCAGCGCAGAUGGACGGGGCAAUCCUUGUGGUGUCGGCCACGGAUGGGCCCAUGCCUCAGACGCGGGAGCACAUCCUCUUAGCGCGGCAGGUUGGCGUGCCCAGCAUAGUCUGCUUCUUGAACAAGAUUGAUGCGGUGGAGGAUGAGGAGCUAGUGGAGCUUGUAGAGAUGGAGCUCCGGGAACUUCUCAGCUUCUACAAGUUCCCGGGCGACGAGAUCCCGAUUGUGCGCGGCUCGGCGCUGGCGGCGCUGAAGGGCGAGAAUGAGGCGCUGGGCAAGGAGAAGAUCCUGGAGCUGAUGCAAGCGGUGGACGAUUACGUGCCCACGCCCGCACGCGCCCUCGACAAGCCAUUCUCCAUGCCCGUCGAAGACGUCUUCUCCAUCCAGGGGCGUGGUACGGUGGUGACGGGGCGAGUGGAGCAGGGAAUAGUGCGGACGGGGGAUGAGGUGGAGAUUCUGGGCAUCCAGACGCCGCUCAAGACCACUGUCACGGGCGUGGAGAUGUUCAAGAAGCAGCUCAACGAGGGCCAGGCCGGCGACAACGUGGGCCUGCUCCUGCGCGGCAUCAAGCGCGACGACGUCGUCCGCGGUCAGGUUGCGUGCAAACCGGGCAGCAUCACGCCCCACAAGAAAUUUGAGGGCGAGAUCUACUGCCUCAACAAGGAGGAGGGCGGCCGCCACACCCCCUUCUUCACCAACUACAAGCCCCAGUUCUUCUUCCGCACAGCCGACAUCACAGGCAUUGUGACGCUUCCAGAGGGCACUGAGAUGGUGAUGCCGGGCGACAAUGUGACCGCGCACUUUGAGCUCAUCUCCUCUGUUGCCAUGGAGCCCGGCCUGCGCUUUGCCAUGCGCGAGGGCGGCCGCACCGUCGGCGCCGGAGUUGUUUCCAAGGUCCUUGACUGA